UGCGAAUACUGGUUAAGAAAAAGGUCAAAACAAGUAUACGUUCCGUUGCGACGGUUUACUGCAUUGUACGUCACGAUUGAUUCCCUUGCGCAGAGACGUAUAUAUCUGGCUUCGCGAUUUACAUCGUUCCCGAUAUUCAACCAGAGACCCUCAGCGAUAACUUUACCGGUACACCACGAAAAUGGCCGAACACAGCAACCAGCGAUUCCAGCUCGAAAACGUCUUCAAUGUCAAGGGUAGAGUCGCCCUCGUGACUGGCGGUGGCUCUGGUAUCGGCCUCAUGGCCACCCAGGCCCUGGCCGUCAACGGCGCCAAAGUCUACAUCACCGGUCGGACGGGCGAGAAGCUCGACCGGGUGACCGAACUGUACGGCAAGAACAUUUCGGGGCAGAUCAUUCCCCUUACCUCCGACGUCACGUCCAAGGACUCGAUCGCGAAACUGGCCAAGGAGAUCGAGUCCAAGGAAAAAGCGCUGCACAUCUUGAUCAACAACGCCGGCAUUUCCUCCACACCCGGCAACACCGAUGCCGAGGAUCCCAAUCAACUCCAGCAAGAACUCUUCCAUGACUCGAUCAGCACCUUUGAUGAAUGGGAGAGCGUCUACCGGACCAACGUCACCCAGGCCUUCUUCACCACUGCUGCCUUCCUGCCCCUGUUGCAGAAGGGCACCGACCUUGACCACGGCUGGUCGAGCACCGUCAUCAACAUCACCUCCAUCUCGGGUAUUAUCAAGUCCUCCCAGCACCACUUUGCCUACAACGCCAGCAAGGCCGCCGCCAUACACGUGAGCAAGAUGCUAGCGCACGAGAUCGCUUCGUCCGGCUUGAAGAUCCGGGUGAACAACAUCGCACCGGGCGUGUUUCCGUCUGAGAUGACGGCGAAGAGCAGCGAUGAAAAGCAGAAGAGCGAGCUGCCCAAGGAAAAGUACGAGCAGAAGGUGCCGGCCAAUCGUCCCGGGAAGGAUGAGGAUAUGGCAGGUGCAGUCCUAUUUACGGCUGCGAACCAGUAUCUGAAUGGGCAGACCGUAGUGGUUGAUGGUGGAUAUGUUUUGGCUACAGGAACUGUUUAAAAUAUUUGCUUGUAAAUUAGUAAAUUAGUUAAUAGCUGAUAGUAAUGCACAAGCUGGACUUGGACUUGCUAUGCCUCUCAGACAAAUCAUAUAUUCCGUUAGCGGAC